AUGCCGUCUACGAGCAAUGCGCCCAACAUGGUGACGGGGGCUGCCAUGGCUGUGCUAGCAGCUCAACAGACCGAUGCUCUUGCACGCAUAUUCGUCAAGCUGAAGAACAAGGAUGAACAUGUUCGAAUUGCUGCUGGCAAGGAGCUAGCCCAUCAUGUCACCUUUGUGGCCUCAGAGCUCAAGGGAGAUGCGGUUUCGGUGUUCAACAACGAUCUCAACAGACGCAUCUUCGAGCUGACUCAUAGCCCUAAUGUGCACGAGAAGCUGGGAGGCAUCGUCGCCAUCGGUGGGUAGCUGGCAUUCUGCGAGUGGAUUGGUCGAUCGUUACGCGCCAGGCUGACUUGAUGCGCCUCUCCUGUCCACCCUCAGACACCUUGACGGAUCUGGAGUCGGAGGAUAACAGUGCGCGCUUGUAUCGUUUUUAUCAGUACUUGAAACCAAAUUUGCCAUGCAACGAUACACAGGUAAUGGUCGCCGCUUCGAAAGCUCUGGGCAGAGUGUCCAAGUACGGUGGUCACUCGCUGGGAGACCAAUUCAUCGAAUUUGAAGUCAUGCGUGCUCUCGACUUCUUGCAAGGUGGGUGCAUGCCCUCAAUUCGCUGGCGUGCAGCGCUCUUGCUACUUGCGCAUGAACUCAAACAGACUUUUCUCCCCCUCGGGCAUCCGAUUAUAUUAGCUGGCGAUCGCAACGAACCCGGAAGGUAUGCGGCGGUGCUCAUCAUUCGGGAGAUGGCCAUCAAUGUUCCCCUGCUCUUUCUCGCAUACGUGCCCAGAGUGCUCGAGAGGAUAUGGGUAGCGCUUAGAGAUGCAAAGGUGUGUCGGCUCGCACGUCCGCAUAUGCUGGUAGAGCCCAACACCUGACGCGCAUGGUCUCGACUUUCAGGUCCUUGUGCGGGAAGGCGCGGCCGAGGCGAUGGGUGCUUGCUUGCAAAUCAUCGCCCAGCGCGAGAAGCAGAUGGGCGGCAAGGCGUACGAGUCCAUCUACGAAGAGGCAGAGCACGGCCUGAAGAUGAAUACGGUCGAGGGCAUCCACGGCAGCUUAUUGGCUGUGCAAGAAUUGUUGCAGCACUCCAAAUCGGUGAGCGUCUCAAACUGCGAGGCGGAUCUGAGCGCAAAACUUACUUUUUGCGCUUCGCUGCGCUCCGAUGCGCCUAGUUCAUGUCCACUCGGUUCGGCAGAGCUUGCGAGCUUGUCUCGCGCCUGCAUAAACAUCGCGAUCCUCUCAUACGGCGCACCAUCACCAAUUUGGUGCCCGUCCUUGCAGACUAUGACCCGACAUAUUUUGCUGAACACCAUCUGGGGACAGUGAUGGCGCUGCUCACGGAGCAGUUGAGGCGCGAAAGGGACCGUCCUUCGCGAGAAGCUGUUACGCAAAGUGAGGAACACGUGCAGCGCAUGGCUUUGCGGAGAGCUGGCUCACUAAGCUAUUCCCGGCGAUUCCCCUUCCUGCAGCAUUCGAAGCGAUCGGAUUGGUCGCUGCAGCCAUGGGGUCUAAGAUGCGACCCUACAUCGAACAAAUUCUCGUCUGUAUCAAGGACGGUCUGCAAUCUCGCGGUCGCAAGAACGCAACGCCCGAAGCGCCAAUCUUCUUUUGCAUUGGACACCUCGCAAUUGCUGUAGGAACGCUUCUGACCAAGUAUAUGCACGAGCUACUCGAUCUCAUGUUUGCAUGCGGGCUCAGCGCUCCCUUGGUCCAAGCGCUCGAGAAGAUUGUAAAGUCUGUACCGCCGCUUCUUGGUGUUAUUCAGCGUAAGUGUCGAACAGACUGCGUGGUCAUGGACUCAACGUGGCCAGUCUGCUGACCCUCUCUGACCACUCGUUGCUGCUUGACGCCGUGUAGACCGACUCCUCGACAUGCUUUCUCUGACGCUGGUCGGUGUGCCGUACAGGCCUCUUGGAGCACCCUCUAGCAGUCGCUUGCCCGCACAUGGAGGUGUGAUUGCCAAUCAGCAGCUCAACGUCGGGUCAAAGAGUAGCGAGACAAUCAUAGUAGCGCUGCAGACUUUGGGCCAUUUCGACUUGACUGGUGAGUCUGUCAACGGCGCGACAGUAGCGUGAUUGAUGGAGGUGCUGAACCAGUCGUGUGAUUGCGUUGACCUCAGGUCAUAUCCUAAAUGAGUUCGUGAGGAGUUGCACGCUCCCAUACUUGGGGGACGACGAGGCGGACGUUCGCAAGGCGGCAGCAACGACCUGCGCGCGUCUCUUCGGUGACGACCCAAUCUGCUUCCAGACUAGUCUUCACGCCAUCGAGGUCGUCAACGAUGUGCUGGACAAGCUGAUGACGGUAGGCAUUGCCGAUCCAGAAGCGAACCUCCGCAAGACUGUGCUGUCUGCCCUGGAUGAGCGCUUCGAUCAGCAUCUUGCCCAAGCCGAGUACAUACGGCUGCUGUUCAUCGCACUCAACGACGAAGACUUUGCGGUGCGAGAAGUGGCCAUCGCUACGAUUGGUCGACUUGCAAGGCACAACCCGGCGUAUGUCAUGCCAUCCCUGCGCAGAGCUCUGGUCCAACUCCUCACAGAACUGGAGUAUGCUACCGUCAGCCGGCACAAGGAAGAAGCAGCCAAGCUGCUAACAGACGUCGUGAGAGCUUCUCAGAGAUUGGUCAAAUCGUACGCCCUACCGAUGUUGGAGGUGCUGCUUCCCAAAGCAAAUGAUCCCAGCCCUGGGGUAGCUGCUCGGGUGAUGGAGUGCUUGGGAGAACUUGCGAGGGUGGGGGGCGAAGAUCUUGCAGGUCAUGUGGAUCAGCUGAUGAAGCUUGCCAUCGAGCAGCUCUCUGCUCAAUCUGCGCACGCUUCUACCGUCAAGCGCGAUGCUGCUUUGCGCACGCUCGGCCUCGUCGCGUCCAAUACGGGGCAUGUCGUGGAUCCAUACCUCAAGUACAGAAGCCUGCUGGCGACCGUCAUUCGCAUCCUCAAGACAGAGUCCGCUCCUGCAGUGCGGCGGGAGACGAUUAGAGUGAUGGGCAUCUUGGGCGCUCUGGAUCCCUAUCGCUACAAGGUGAGUGAAUCGGGCCCGAGGAGCCGUCGCGGAGCCGUCGUCCCACGGUGCGCGCGCGAGGUGCUGACAAAGACAUUCCUGGUGUCCCUUGCAGCUUUUGGAAAAGACAACGGAAGAUGGAGUGCCCGAGGCUGGCAAGGCUGCAGGCACGGACCUAUUCGAACUGGCCAUGGCUAUUGGCACGAGCAGCGAUGACUAUGCGCAGAAUGUCGCCAUCGAUGCCCUCAUCACCAUUUUGCGCGACCCGUCUCUUUCGACGCAUCACCAUGCCGUCAUCGAAGCGAUCAUGUACGUCUUUAAGACUCAAGGCCUCAAAUGCGUCACGUUUUUGCCGCAGAUUAUACCUGCUUUUCUCAACGUCAUUCGGACAUGCACCACGGGUGAGAGGAGUUGAGAGGAGUUUGAGCAUGCUUCGUGACCGACGAGGCUCACACUGACACGGUCCUUCUUGCCGCAGGCACUGAAUUUUACUGGCAGCAGUUGGGCAUCUUGAUCUCCAUCAUCAAGCAGCACGUGCGGAAUCACCUCAAAGACAUCUUCGAUCUCGUGCAAGAGAAUUGGAACCCGAAUUCUAGCAUUCAACUCACCAUCGUGUCUCUGGUCGAAGCGGUAGCGAAUGCUUUGGAGGGCGAAUUCAAAACAUACCUGCCCAUUCUGUUACCUCAGCUCAUCCAAACGCUCGAUGGGGAGAUCACGGCCAAGCGCCAACCGACAUUUCUGCGCAUUCUUCACGCAUUUGUCGUGUUCGGCUCCAGCAUCGACGAGUACCUCGGGUUAGUCUUGCCAGUAGUCGUCAAGAUGUUCGAGCGGCCGGAAGCCUCGAUUCUUCUUCGCAGGUCCGCUAUCGUCACCGUUGGUCAGCUCAGUGCCAAGGUCAGUUUCUGCGAUCACGCCUCGCGCGUGAUUCAUCCCCUUGUGCGCGUGCUCAGCUCGGGCAAUGUCGAGCUGCGGGGCGCAGCGAUGGACACGCUGGCUGCGCUUGCCUUCCAACUUGGCGCUUCCUAUGCCAACUUUAUUCCAGUGGUAGCGAAGACGCUGUUGCAGCGCGGUAUCACCCAUGCCAAGUACGAUCAGCUCGCAACCUGUAUCUUGAAUGGGGAACGGUUGCCACCAGAGUACGGUCCGGGCGAUCGAGCGCUCGAUGGGCCUGCAGAGGUGGCGCCUUUGGCCGAAGCUACAAAGAUGACUGUCAAUCAACAGCACCUGAAGCAAGCUUGGGACACGAGCAAAGUUUCUACCAGCGAUGACUGGAGAGAGUGGCUUCGACGUGUAGCCGUCGAAUUUAUGCGCGAAUCGCCUUCCCACGCAAUGCGAGCUUGUCGAUCGCUAGCGGAUGUCUAUCAGCCACUUGCGCUCGACCUGUUCAACACUGCGUUCGUCUCCUGCUGGACAGAGCUGUACGAUAGCUACCAGGACGACCUUGUGAAAUCCAUCGAAGGAGCUUUCGACGCUGCAGACAUUCCUGAUCAGGUCAUUCAUCUCCUUCUCAACCUUGCCGAAUUUAUGGAGCGCGACGACAAGGCUUUGCCGAUCAACAUUCGCCUGCUGGGCGACCGCGCGUACAAAUUCCACUCGUACGCCAAGGCGCUGCACUACAAAGAAGCCGAGUUCCUCAGCGACGCAUCGCCGCACACUAUCGAAUCGCUCAUCGAUAUCAACACCAAGCUCCAGCAGAGCGAUGCGGCUUUUGGAACGCUCACGUACGCCCGCGAGCACCUGGACAUCACUCACCACGAAGAGUGGUACGAGAAACUGCACAGGUGGGAAGAGGCACUGGCAGCUUACGACAGGCGUGCGGCUGCUGCACCGGGCGAUGUCAAAGUCGAAGCUGAGACUGCAUUUGGCCAGAUGAGAUGCUUGCACGCCUUAGGAGAGUGGAGCAGGUUGUCAGACCUUGUCAAAUUGCGCUGGCCCAAUGCGACUAGUGAAGAGCGCCGUCAGAUGGCCCCGCUUGGUGCCGCAGCGGAGUGGUCGCGAGGGGCUUGGAACGACAUGGAAGACUUCACAUCGUCCAUGCGGUCCGACUCUUCCGAGAGGUCCUUCUUCAGAGCAAUUCUGGCUGUGCAUCGCGGCUUCCGUGGAAGCGCCCUCAAGCACGUCACACGUGCUCGUGAUGCGCUCGACUCUGAACUGACGGCUCUGGUUACGGAGAGCUACACGCGUGCAUAUGACCUCAUGGUCCGAACGCAGAUGCUGUCGGAACUCGAGGAAGCUUUGACUUAUAAGACCGAAUUCAAGGAUCAGCCUGACAGACAGGCAACGAUGCGGGCGACAUGGAUGAAGCGACUGAAAGGUUGUCAGCCCGAGGUCGAAGUCUGGCAACGCAUUCUCUCCGUCCGCAGCGUGGUGCUCACGCCGAGGGACGAUACAGAUACGUGGAUUAAAUUUACCAAUCUCUGUCGCAAGAAUGGCCGGAUGGUGCUUGCAGAGAAGACGCUCAACUCUUUGCUCGGCCCCGAGAUCGGCGACGCAGAAUCAGCAGACGGCAUUGCUGCAGCUGCCAUGGGUCCCAAGGCCCCGCCGCCAGUCAUUUACGCCCAUCUCAAAUUCAUGUGGGCAUCGGGCGCGCGAGAGGAAAGCCUGGAGUACCUCCGCACCUUUACCGCCAGCUUGUCGGAGGACCUCGGCUUGCAUCCUGGCGACGAGCAUGCGACUGCGUUCAGCCAAGACUGGAAUGCCAUUCCUAGACUCAACGACUUUGCGAAGUUGCUUGCUCGAUGCUACUUCAAACAGGGAGAAUGGCAAGCUGCGUUGCACGAGGACUGGGUCAACGACACGACUUGUGACGUCAUUGAUUCUUACCGGCGCGCCACGCAGCUAGACAGGAACUGGUACAAGGCCUGGCACGCGUGGGCGCUGGCAAAUUUCGACGUCAUCUCGUCGCACGAGAGGCAUGGACAAACGGUCUCCACUCAGAUGAUAGCUGCAAGCAUCGUGCCAUCCGUACAGGGCUUUUUCCGAUCGAUCGCUCUUGCACAAGGCAACUCCCUGCAAGACACUUUGCGUCUACUAACAUUGUGGUUCAACUACGGCUACCAAGAGAACGUCGCGGAUGCGGUUCAGGAAGGCUUCAGCAGCGUCGUCGUCGAUACGUGGCUGAGCGUGAUCCCCCAAAUCAUUGCUAGGAUCAACUCGCCGAGCCCUAGGGUGCGCAGGUUGAUCCAGCUCUUGCUGUCGGAUGUAGGAGCAGCGCAUCCGCAAGCACUGGUCUAUCCAUUGACCGUGGCUGCCAAGUCGCCGAGCUCGAUGCGAAUCAAGGCGGCGAUGGGCAUCAUGGAGAAUCUGCGCGAACACAGCCCGCUGUUGGUGGAGCAAGCCAUGCUCAUCUCAAACGAGCUCAUUCGGGUUGCUAUCCUGUGGCACGAACUCUGGCACGAAGGGCUGGAAGAGGCGUCGCGAUUAUACUACACUGAGCAAAAGACGGAUGCAAUGUUUGCGGUGCUGGAACCUCUGCAUGAAGCAUUGGAGAAGGGUCCCGAGACGCUUCGAGAAACAUCCUUCGCUCAAACGUACGGCCGUGAUUUGAACGAAGCGCGCGAGUGCGGUCGGAGAUACCGCCAAUUUGGCGACGUCACCGACCUCAAUCAAGCGUGGGAUCUGUAUUAUCACGUCUUCCGCCGCAUCUCUAAACAGCUUCCUGCCACAAAUUCGGUACAAUUGGACCUGCAGUACGUGUCUCCGAAGCUGCUAGCGUUGCGCGAUCUCGAACUCGCGGUGCCGGGCACGUACCAGAGCGGACAGCCUAUCGUCCGCAUCACCCAAUUCGAGCAGGUCGUUUUGGUCAUCAUUUCAAAGCAGAGACCUAGGCGAUUGAAAAUGAGGGGCAGCGAUGGCAGGACUUACCAGUAUCUCCUCAAGGGACACGAAGACUUGCGUCAAGACGAGCGCGUCAUGCAGCUCUUUGGUCUAGUCAACUCACUGCUCUCUACAGAUUCCGAGUCCUACAAGAGAAGGCUUGGCAUUCGUCGCUUCCCAAUCAUCCCUCUCAGUCCCAAUACGGGUAUGAUCGGUUGGGUGGAGCAGACGGACACCCUGCAUGUCCUCAUCAAAGAGUAUCGCGAGCAACAUAAGAUUCUCCUCAACAUCGAACAUCGGCUGAUGCUUCAGAUGGCUCCGGAUUACGACAACUUGAUGUUGAUGCAGAAAGUGGAGGUAUUCGAGUACGCUCUGGACAAUACGCCCGGUCAAGACUUGUAUCGCGUCUUGUGGCUCAAGUCGCGCUCUUCGGAAUCAUGGCUGGAAAGGCGGACUGCGUACAGCCGCUCACUGGCAACCACAUCAGUGGCAGGCUACAUUUUGGGACUUGGAGAUCGCCAUCCUUCCAACUUGCUGCUCGACCGCGUCACGGGUCAGAUUGUCCAUAUCGACUUUGGCGAUUGUUUCGAGAUCGCCUGUGCUCGACCAAAGUUCCCAGAAAAGGUGCCCUUCCGACUGACCCGCAUGCUCGUCAACGCUAUGGAAGUGGGUGGUGUCAAAGGAACCUUCAAGGUCACUUCUGAAAACGUCAUGAGGGUCUUGAGAGACAACAAGGAGGCCAUUAUGGCAUUGCUGGAGGCUUUCGUUCACGAUCCGCUCAUUUCUUGGCGUCUCGUGACGGACGAAGCGAACGAGCUCAAGGCGCCGGAUGCGAGCGAGCACGAGGCUGCUGGCCAGCUUCGCUCGAAUCAACCGGGAGACGUGCGAAACGUGAAAGCGCUGGAAGUGGUGCGACGCAUUCAGAACAAGCUAAAUGGUCGUGAUUUCAAUCCAAACGUCGCACUCUCUGUACCAGCUCAAAUACAGCGUCUGGUGCAGGUGAGUCUGAUGCGCCGCACUACGAGCUUGUCAGCCAGGCUCAUCUCGUUGACACUAUUUUGCAGGAGGCCACGUCGCUCGAAAACUUGUGUCAAGCUUUCAUUGGAUGGUGCUCCUUGUGAGUUGCGGAAGGGCUCAAAGCGCCGCUUGAUUGUGAAGCUGAUCAAGUUCGACCAUUGCCUCUAUCCCUCUCCCUUGGUAGCUGGUAG